GGCAUCCGCGGGGGGAACAGGUGCUGCCAGUUGUCGGUGUGGAUCUGGCAGUCCGUCAUUCAUAUUCUGCAGAUGGGACAAGUGUGGAGAUACAUCCGGACCAUGUACUUGGGCAUCCAGAGCCGGCGGCAGAAGGAACACCAGCGCCGCUUCUACUGGGCCAUGAUGUACGAGUACGCGGACGUGAGCAUGCUGCGUCUUCUGGAGACCUUCCUGGAGAGCGCCCCCCAACUGGUGCUACAGCUCUGCAUCAUGAUCCAGAAGAACCGGGCAGAGACGCUGCAAUGUGUCUCCUCAGUGGCCUCGCUGCUCUCCUUGGCCUGGGUGCUGGCCUCCUACCACAAGCUCCUGCGGGACUCGCGGGACGACACGAAAAGCAUGAGCUACCGGGGGGCCCUGGUGCACAUCUUCUGGCGACUCUUCACCAUCUCCUCGCGGGUGCUCUCCUUCGCUCUCUUCGCCUCCAUCUUCCACAUCUACUUCGGCAUCUUCGUCGUCGUGCACUGGUGCGCCAUGGCCUUCUGGGUCAUCCAUGGGGGCACCGACUUCUGCAUGUCUAAGUGGGAGGAGGUGCUCUUCAACAUGGUGGUGGGAAUCGUCUACAUCUUUUGCUGGUUCAACGUCAAGGAGGGCAGGACCCGAUAUCGCAUGGUGGCCUACUACUUUGUGGUGCUGGCUGAAAACACCGUCUUGACCUUACUGUGGUACAUCUACAGGGACCCCUCCACCACCGAUUCCUACGCCGUAUCGGCCCUGUGCGGGGUCUUCCUGAGCUUCGUCUCAGGUGUGCUCUUCAUGUUCUUCUACUACGGGGUCCUGCAUCCCAUGGGUCCCAGGGUCCGGUUGCUAGCUAGCUCCUGCUGUGCCGAGCUCCUGUGGGGUCUUCCCUUGCCCCCAGAAGCUGAGCCCAUGGCCCCCACCCCGGGCCCCCGUGGAUCCCAGGCGACCCCAACCACGGGGGAUUACACUGAGCAGGAGGAGCUAUCUGCUGAUACGUGCCUGCCCGUGUUCCAGGUGAGGUCCACCGCACCCACGACACCCUCAGGCCGUCCUUCCCAUCCCGAAGGGCCCCUCAUCAAGAUCGACAUGCCAAGGAAGCGUUACCCCGCGUGGGACGCCCACUUCGUGGACCGGCGUCUGAGGAGAACUAUCAACAUCCUGCAGUACAUCACGCCCACAGCCGUGGGCAUCCGCUACAGGGAUGGGCCCCUUCUCUACGAGCUCCUCCAGUACGAGUCCUCUCUGUGACCCGGCCCCGCCCCCGGCCCCGCCUACACUCCUCCUCCUCUCUCUCCUUCUCUUUACCUCCCCAUGUCUAUUCACCAUGCGUCAGCUUUUCAUUCCUUCAUUUGCAUUACAUCCCAAAAGAUGAAACAGGAGCUACUUUUCAGGUGUUUUAAAUCAGGCCGCUGCACACCUGACCAGUAUUACGGGAUUAUCAAAUUAAGAAAUGUAUUUACACACACAAAAAAAAGAAUUCUGAUAAACAUUGUGUCAAAAAUCUGCAAAUUGUAGUAGAUCUGAUUUUACCUUGUUCCUGUAAGUUUUUUAUGUCUAGGAGGGAAAAAAUCCCUUUUUUAAUUGUUUAAUAUUGUGUUCAGUGUGUGUAACGGUCAGACUCCCUUGGGGCUGGAGCCUGCAGCCAAACUGAAAACUCUGAAUCGUUCGUUCAUGCUACCAGAGCUCCUGAUAAAGGGAAUGAUGGAGGAAAAAACAGGUGUCCUUCUCAACGCCCCCUUUCAUUCACACCUCGCGCUCUGUUUCUGCUUUUCUUUUCUUUUUUUUUACGUAAGGAAGAAACGGCAAAUGUAAUCAAAGAUAGGAUCAAAGAGUUUUUUUAUGGGCAAAAAUUUUCUGUUAACAGCAGAUAGGCUUCCAGCGAAUCCCUGCUGUCUUUUUCUAAAGAGGGCAGGAGAGGAAGACAGAGAGAGAGAAAAGCAGAGAGAGAGAGGUGGCAUUAUCCUCUGAAGCCUUAAUUUAAAGAUAUACACUUGAUCCCGCUCGUUUUGUGCUUUUUAGCAGUGCGAUCAGGUGACCCCGGUUUCCCGUCUCGGUUUCACGCAAACGCCGCCGCUCCCAGGUGCAGAUUUGCUGAAGAUCACUCAGCUGGUGCUAACAACAUCUCAGUGCUGCGUUGCGUGAGUUGAUAUGUGUCUCCUGGAAGUGAAGAAAUCGGGAUAAGGGAUUUACAUAGCGCACAGCUAAUUAUAGCGCAAUUCCUUCUGUUUUCUUAGUAUUGUUACAUAAAGCUCUUUUUUUCAGGGAUAAAAUUAACAUGAUACUGCAAAGUGCGAUGCAUUAUUUUAGUUUCAUAGCAGCGAAAGUAUAUGCACAAAACAUCUCCACCGGUGAAGUUAUUUCUCAAAGGUUUACGCGUGUAAAUGCGCAGCAGCCCAAAGCACAACGUGUAACUUGAGGGUUGAGGAAAACCCAAAGAGUUCAGACUGACAGCUUUUCGGGAAGCACAGAGAGGUGGGACAUUUCCGAUUGCAGUUCAGUGUUUGUCAUUCCCCAACACUGAUGAGUCUAAUUACUCUUCCCUUUCCCAGUUAGUACUAUUUUGAUCCCUUCCAUUUCCAUUCCCUGAUAAACCUGAUCUUCCUGACUGUGAUUCGUCAGGGUUUUGUUCAGAAUGCCUGUAUUUGUCCAAGAAGUACCCCUUAAUACCAAAUGUCAUUUUUAGGGCACAUUGCUAUAAUUCAAAAGUGAUAAAAUUGACAAAAUCUAUACAGUUAAUGCUCUUUCCAUGGAAUGGAGAAAAAGCCCAGUAAAAUCUUAGGGUAAAUGCAUCAUUUUAAAUGACACUGUCUAGCAUCUAACUGGCUGUUAAGUUAACAGGGGUGGCGAUAUUACCGCUGCUAA